UGGUCCAACCUACCCGCAGGAACCAGGAAGUCAGUGGCCUUCUUUGGAGAAAGGCCUUCUUUUGAACCAGGCCGGGCUCUCCCAAUUUUGUCUUAUGCUUGACCUCUCCUUCCAAGUGGCCUCUUCAGAGUUGGCACUGAGUUGUCAAGUAUCUAAAGGGUUGAAAAAAGGAUUUGCCUUAUUCUCGUGGGCCCCAGAGGACAGAACCAGCAGCUGUGAGGGGCAGUUGCAAAGAGGCCAAUUGAGGCUGGAGGGCAUCACCAAAGAGCAUGGACAGCCUUGGAAGCUGUAGGCUCACUCCUUCACUCCAAGGGCCAUGGAGAAAGUAGACCCACUCCUAGCUGUGCUACAGCACAUCUCCUCCAACCUGUCAAGGAAGGAACUGGAAGACAUGAAAUUCCUUUGCAAGAUGAAAAUUGGGAAGAGGAAGCUAAAUGAGAUUGAAUGUGGGAUCGACCUCUUCUCAUGCCUGAUGCAGCUGAAUUUACUUUCUAUGAGCAACACUGAUUUCCUGAUCUCAAUGCUCCAAAGCCUAAAGAGGGAAGAUCUGAUGCAAGAGCUGGUCAAUUGUGUGAAAAACAAGCCUGGUCCUGGGAGGCAACUGGAUCCAAAGGUGGAAGCCCAGCUGGAGGUCGCCUUCGAUACCCUUUGUGACCAGGUGGGCCGGGACUGGAAAAGGCUGGUUCGGAAGCUUGGCGUUUCCCAGGUGGACAUCGAUAGGAUGGUUUACGCACAUCCUCGUGACCUGAGGGAACAAUUCUACCAGUCACUAUUACUCUGGAAAAAAUCAAAUGAUAAAGACGCCAAUGUGUCCACCAUCCAGCAGGCACUUCGGGACUGUAACCUGAACCUAACAGCAGACAUCUUAGCAGAAAAGCUGGCGGUGAUGCUGCUGUGAAAAGGUCUCUCGACCAGAAGCCUGGACAACUACUUCACUGAGAUUUAUCUGCAUAAUGAGGGGGCUAGACCCUGACACCUUGGUCUCCUGACCAUUGUCCAGACCAAAUCCAAGACAGACUAGACUCAUACACUGCCCUCCCCAUCUUCCCUCACCUCCCUUGCCCCUUUCCACCUGUAGCCCUGGGAACUCUGAACAAAUCCACACCAUCAUUCCCCAAAAGCCCAUAAUCACUAGCCUUAUUUACCACCCCAGAUAUUCUCCAGAUAAGAACAUAAACUCCUGGAGGGAAGGCAAGAGUCUCCCUUGCUUUUUAAAAUUUUUAUUCUUAUUUGGGAGGACCUGAGGCAAUUUGGUUAAUGUCACCCCUAGGUGCGUUUAUCUGGGCCCUAGCUGUGGGCCUUUGGGACCAGAAGAGCCAAAGAACUAUUUUUCAGGCCUUGACCAAGAGCUCCUGGGUCCCCCCUAUGGAGCCCUUUGAACGGACUCAGCCUUGGCUUUUAUCUUUUCCCCUCCCUGUCCUCUUUCACCUGAGGGCAUGGGAACUAUUUUUAUUAAAGACAUCCUUGGUUGGAACCCUCAAGCGCCCAGAGAUGCUCCCAGUACCAAAGUGAUUGGACCUCCUGAAGGUGGGGUUAGCCUUCUUCUGCUGAGCCCCAGAAGGCAGAACCCUGAGGCGUGGAAUCAGCUCCAUUGGGAGGGUGGGUCUCCUUUUGGGGUCUGUCAAGGUAAUGAGGGUUUAUUAAAUGCCUACUAUGUGCCUGGCACAGAGCAAAGUGCUGGGCCUGCAAAGAAAAGCAUCAGUUACCGCCUGUUCCGAAGGAGCUUCAGACAAACAAGCCAUGUAUGCGAUAGGUUGGGGAGAUUGCCGCGGAGAGGAGGAAGGCCCUGCCUCGAGGGGCGCGGCCUGCAGAAGGCAGCCAGAGGACUGAGAUGGUGCAUUCCAGGACUGGGGGCCAAGCCAGUGAGAAGCCCAUGUCCCAGAAGGGAUUCCUCCAGACACAGGCUGGUUACUGAGGAUCCUUCCAGUUCUCAAAUCCUAUGUUAAUAGAGACAAGAACACGUUUGCCCUCAUGUGCACACUAAUGAAUUGUUGAACCCAAGACCUAGGAGGGACCUCAGAGACCACAGUCAUUACAUUUUACAGAUGAGCAAACUGAGUCCCUUACCUCUGUUAUGUGACUCACCCAAAGCCACCGACUAGUGGCAGAACUGGGCCUAAAACAGACUUCUGGCUGGGUGCCCCGUCCGCCAAUCCCACCAAGCUGCUCACAACCUUAGAAGUCCCAGACAACGGCUGUGCGAAGGCCAAGUUCUCCAAAGUUCCAUGGGCACAUCUGAUAUUUAGAGUUCUAACUGUGCAUUUGUCAUCACAUCAAGAGACUGUUUUCACCAAAUGGCCCCCAUGUUUACUUGGUUGGGUUGAAAACUACCUGAAGACUUUAAGGUUUUUGAAUAAGGAACAUAAUUGUAAUUUUUAAAAGAUUUGGUGGUUGGGGCAGCUAGGUGGCUCAAUGGAUAGUGCACUAGCCCUGGAGUCAG